AUGUUCCGACUUUUGACUGCCUGCUGGUCUCGUCAGAAGACCACAGAUCCAAAACAAAGGAAUGUGACUAUCAUUGUGAUUGGCUUGGAAAACUCGGGCAAAAGUCAUCUUAUGGAGGCCUUUCAAAGAUUAAUUCCUAGCAAGAUACACCACAGCCACAUGAAACCAACACAGAUUACACUUCUACUAGACGAUUAUCAAGUGUCUGUCUAUGACCUGAAUGGAGACCUAAAAGGCCGAGAAAAAUGGCCAAACUACUAUGCUGAGGCACAGGGGCUUGUUUUUGUCGUGGAUUCUAGUGAUAUGUCACGAAUACAGGAAGUGAAGAUCAUCUUAACGCGCCUGAUGUUUGAUAAAAGAGUAUCCGGGAAGCCCAUCUUAAUUCUGGCAAACAAACAAGACAAGAAGGAUGCCCUCUUGCCUUGUGAUAUCAUUGAAUAUCUACUUCUGGAAAGGCUAGUGAAUGAGACUAAGUCCAUGUGCAGAGUGGAACCAUGUUCAACCAUGAAAAACCUCCCAAAGAGGCAUCAACAGCCAAUAGUUAUAGGGCUACGCUGGCUAUUAUCUGUUAUUGGGGAUCAAUACGAAGAGCUGUAUACUCGACAACAAACAUCCGGUAUGAGCAUCUCAACCUCCAAGAACAUCAGAGGCUGUGGAGAAAGAUGCUCAUCAGACAGCUUAACUAACAGAGUGGUGAUGCUCAAAGACAACAGGCAGCAUUUUGAGAAAAGACAACACCUGGAGCACAGACAGCAUACUGAACAAAGACACUUUGAGAAAAGGCAUCAUUUUGAAACAAGACAACAUUUAAUACAGCGCUCACAGGAUACUAGGCCCCUAAAGCCAAUCCUACAGAAAGAUGGUCUUCGAAUGAGGCCCAAAAAAAAUAUGUCAGUAACAUUUGCUCUGGAUGUAAUCAUGGAGGAAGGUGAAUGUUCUCGGAAGAUUGGAGCUCAGAGUAUCACGAAGGCUUGCAACACUCAAAAUUAUGAUGUACAGACUCCAGCUCCAUCUGUUGAUGCCAAUCUUUUCAAAGCUCGUAGGCCAAAAAAGAGAAAAGACACCUGGGACACUGAAGAAAUGUUACUGGAAGAUCCCUGUGGCAAAGCCUUCCAUUCAUGCGCGAAUGACCUAAAGGCAGGUAUCUUAGAUCUAAAGGAUGAAGAGCUGGCUUAA